AUGUGGAGACUACUCCCGGAAGAAGUCCUCACGAUGAUCCUCGCACGACUGCCCGUCAAGUCUGUCGGGCAAUUGAAGUGCGUAUCCAAAUUAUGGCGUUCUUUGAUUUCCGAACCCCACUUCACAAAAUCGCAUUUGGACCGGGCAAUUUCAGACCCCAACACCAACCAUUCAAGGCUCUUCGUCAUGUACCCUUUUCAUUCCCUAGAUUACGAAUCCCCGUCAACCAACAAAGACGUUAACGAUGAUGACAACAACGACAACGAUGAUGAUAACGGUGCUAUAGUAGAUCUUGGUUUUCCGUCAAGACAAACGGAGGAGGGCAUCGAAAUUGUCGGAUCUUACAACGGGAUGAUCUGUUUACUCUACCUCUUGGAUUGCUUCGUCUUGUGGAACCCAACGAUCAAAGACUCCAUAGAGUUACCAAAGCCACCUUUCUCUAUCUCCUACUUCGAUUUCUACUUCAAAGGAUUCGGCUACAAUCCCUCCAUGGACGACUACAAGGUCGUAAUAGCCUCCCGCGAAGAAGGUAAUCCAAAUGUUCAAUCCACAGUUGAAGUAUUUAGUCUUAAGCAAAGUUCGUGGAAAGAAAUUGGAGGCCUCCAAAAUGGCCUUGUUAUUGAAGCAGAACAAUUGAGUACUUGUUUGAAUGGGAAUCUUCAUUGGCUAGCAAGUUGUGAUACAACAAAUCCUAUCGAAAAACAUUUGAUUGUUUCUCUAGAUUUGGGAACAGAGGAAUUCAGUGAGAUCUCAAUACCGGAUUGUUACGAUCGGAGUUUUUUCUUCCAUGCCUUGGGGAUGAUUAACGGAUGCCUUAGCUUAUUAACGGAUGAACGCAACUGGAGAGAAGUUGGGUUAUGGGUGAUGAAGGAAUAUGGUGUGAGGGGGUCGUGGACAAAGUUGGUGAUUUUGCCGACUGAAAAUUUGUUGUUCUGCGAUUACUUGGUUCCGGUAUGCUUUACGAAGGCAGGUGAUAUUCUCAUCGAUGUCGAUGGGAGGAGGGUGGUGAGAUACAAUCUCGAGCAGAAAACAAUGAAGAAGCUUAAAACUCGCAGUGUACAUUUUAUUGAUUGGGUGUUGUAUGUUGAGAGUCUGAUCUCACCCGGUAGUCACUAUAGGAUAAGUUCAGGUUGA